AUGGCUAGAUUGUCCUUCUUACCCAUCCUUGCCGCUCUUCUUGUCGCUCUGCUCUUCUUCAUCGGAGGCACAGAUGCUUCAAAAGGUCCAGUCAUCACUCACAAGGUUUACUUUGAUGUCGAACAUGGAGGUAAACCCCUUGGUAGAAUUGUCAUGGGCUUAUACGGAAAAACUGUUCCUAAGACAGUAGAGAACUUCCGAGCUUUAUGUACAGGUCAAACUGCCCAAGGUGAAGAAUUAGGAUAUGGAUAUGAGGGUUCAUCAUUCCACCGAAUCAUCAAGAGCUUCAUGAUUCAAGGUGGUGAUUUCACGAAAGGUGAUGGAACCGGUGGAAAAUCAAUCUACGGUAACAAGUUUGAAGAUGAGAACUUUAAAUUAAGACAUACCGGUCCCGGUGUUCUCUCAAUGGCCAAUGCCGGUAGAGAUACAAACGGUUCUCAGUUCUUCAUCUGUACCAUCAAAACUUCAUGGCUCGAUGGAAAGCAUGUCGUCUUCGGCAAUGUCAUCGAAGGAAUGGACGUCGUUUACGCCAUGGAAGGAGUCAAGACUGGACGAGGUGAUAAGCCAGCCGAAGCAGUAACAAUUGCCGCCUCAGGAGAGUUACCCAUCGAGCAUGAGACAGAUGAACAAGGCAACCAGGUACCUUUCCGUGUUGAACUCUAA